AUGGAACCGUACCGAUCUACUAAACGAAGGUGUUCACGAGAGGGAAGGGCUUAUCUUCAAAUUCGGUAUCAACUGAGCUCCAAAAUUUCAUUCAUAACAAAGGAAAUGGCACCGAAACAACUUAUCUGCAACCCUGACACCAGCAAGCACGGGCAAAUUGAUCCUAAAAACCAAAGGGCGUUAGCCAAGUCGAGGCUUUUGAAAAGCCUUACCUACAACGCGAGUCUCCUAUUAUCAACCAUUCUAGUUUCAAAAAAUGUUCCCAUCAGUGCUGCUACUCGACUUUCUCAUCUCCUAUUUCUAGUUAUCUUACAAUUAGAGUAG